UUCACCUGCAAGCGAUCACAUAUUAUCAGUUAUUAAUAAACUUUUGUUGAUUGAUUUUCAUGAAUUGUAUUACAAUUGUUAUAAGCAAAUUCUGUCCAAUCCUUAUCAAUAGUUUUCUUAAAUUAAGAACCCAAGAUGAUAGUUGCGGACUUAUUCCAGAGAAAGAAGCAUAAAUCCAAAGUUAAACCUUACCUUUCUAAGUCCUUUCCCUCAUACCAAUUCUAACGUAAUUUAUCAAAAAAUUAGUAACUUGUUAAAGUGGGAAAAGCUCAUCAUAAUUUUUUUUUUUUUUAAAAUAAGCUCACAGAACCCCUUUUUGCCGUUGUGUCACUUCAUAUCUAUCUCUAUACUGUCUUCUGUGACAACCAAUUCCCCCGUAAACAUACACAAAAUAGGAUAGACAGUAAAAAGAAAGUAGCAAGAAUCGAAAGGGGAGUAUGGGAGGUUGGAGUGUACAUUCUGUGUCGACUCCUCUCAGUUUGAGUUUAGGCUCACACUCAUUGCCCAAGCCUGCUUAUUAUUGUUGUUUCAAUUAUGGUUUUCCAGUAAAAUCCAGGAAAGCUCCUUUUUGUGCUAUUUCGAUUCGUUGCUGUGCAUCUGCAUCUAAAUCCUACAACGUUAAUAAAAUCUUGCAAGCUGAGCCUGAGAUUGAUGAUUUCGUGGUGGUCAAUUUUUAUCGCUUUGUCUUCAUCAAAGACCCUCAACACGAAAUUGCUAAGCACCUCACUUUCUUAAAGGGUUUGGACAUACAUGGCCGAAUCUAUAUAAACGAACAAGGGAUUAAUGCACAGUAUAGUGGGCCCUCAAAACAUUCUUUUGCAUAUGUUGAAUGGUUAAAAGAAGAUGACAGAUUUUCAGAUAUACUAGUUCAGACAUCUCCUGCGUUUAACAGGCAUGCCUUUCCCAAACUGAAGCUGCGAUAUAAGCCUUCACUUGUACAAUUGGAAGGAGGAAUUUCUCACCUCCCUUUGCUUGACCCAUCAAUGCGAGCGGCAGCUAUAGCACCAUCAGAAUGGAGGAAAAGACUAGAAGCAGUAAAUAACAAUGACGCGGCAUCAAAUACAAAUCCUAGAACAAACUAUAUUUUGCUGGACGUAAGAAAUGGCUACGAAUGGGAUAUUGGUCAUUUUCAUGGUGCUCAACGACCAGAUGUGGAUUGCUUUAGAAGCACUUCAUUUGGAAUAUCUCCAACUGAGGGUGUUGCUUCAGAUCAGCUAUUACAAGUUGAUAAAGAAAAAACUGAUAUUUUGAUGUAUUGUACAGGAGGUAUACGUUGUGAUGUAUAUUCAACAAUCUUAAGACAACAGGGUUUUCAAAAUUUGUACACCUUGGAGGGAGGGGUAUCUCAUUACCUCAAAACUGAAGGUCCUGUAAAAUGGAUUGGGAACUUAUUCACAUUUGACUCUCGUCUUUCUCUCCCACCAUCUGCCUAUAACAAUGAAACAAUGAUUGAAGCCAGCAUGACUCAGCAAGCAUUUGACAGUGAUAAAUUUGCUAAAUGCUACGUUUGCAAUUCACAAGUUUCUGAGUUAAGGCAUCGGAACUGUGCCAAUCUUGACUGCAACUUUCUUUUCUUAUGUUGUGAAAACUGUGUGAUGGAUUUGAGAGGAUGUUGUUGUUACAAUUGCAUGACUGCGCCCCGACGCAGACCUGUUUUACCGGGGUUUCAAAGAUACAAAAAGUGGCAUGUGUAUCGAGAUCAGAAAGUCGAAGCUUGAGCUCAAUGAAGAAUUCAUGAUUAGGAUGUUUUUGAGGUAAUCAUUCAUAAUCUACCACAAUUUUGUGGUACCUUAUAAUCUUGUUAGUAUCUAGUUAUUGUAUCUAGAAAACAUGCAAUUUUUAAGUUUGCAACAGUUUAUGCUAUGUUGUAAGUGGCCACUGUAGUCUAGCACUUUCAUUAUAAUUUUAUAUUUCAGCAAACAA